GGAGAUAGAAAUAGCAGCCGUAAUGUGGCAGUUAUUGAUAAUCUGUCUGCUGGUACCCAGCAUUUUUACCGCACAGGAAAAAUGGUGGAAGAAUUCGUUUAUCUAUCAAGUAUACCCGCGUAGUUUUAAAGAUAGCAAUGGAGACGGAGUUGGAGACUUGAAAGGAAUCACCAGCAAACUCGACCAUCUUGCUCGAUUGGGAGUUGCAGGAUUCUGGAUAUCCCCGGUCUUUACGAGUCCGAUGGUUGACUUUGGAUAUGACAUCGCCAACUUCACUGACAUUGAUCCGGUCUUUGGGACUCUGGCGGAUAUGGAUGUUCUGACAAAAGCUGCACACCAACGAGGACUUAAAGUUAUCCUGGAUUUCGUGCCUAAUCACAGCUCGGAUAAGCAUCCCUGGUUCCAGAAGUCUGUGCAGCGGAUAAAGCCAUAUGAUGAGUAUUACAUUUGGAAGGACGCUAAGAUGGUGAAUGGUACGCGUAAGCCGCCAAAUAAUUGGCUGAGUGUUUUUCAUGGUUCGGCGUGGACUUGGAAUGAACAGCGGAAGCAGUAUUACUUCCGGCAGUUUACUCCUCAACAACCGGAUUUGAACUUCAGGAGCGCGGCUUUGAGAAAAGAGAUGGAAGACGUGCUAGUUUUCUGGACCAAUCGAGGUAUUGAUGGGUUUCGAGUUGAUGCAAUCAUUCAUGCAUACGAAGAUUCAAGGCUGCUUGAUGAACCGGUGAUUCCUAAUAGUGGGUAUCCAGCAGACAACUGGAACUCGCUGAAUCAUAUUUAUACGAGGAACCAGAAUGAGACUUUUGGCCUGGUUGCUAGCUGGCGUAAGGUUCUGGACGCUCAGCCAGGAGGUAAGAAGAUUCUGAUGACUGAAAGCUUCACGGGGCUGCAGGAACAGUUGCAGUACUCAAUGAACUACUAUCGUUCGGGGUCGGAUGUCCCCUUCAACUUCAUGCUGUUGGGUGCAUUGAAUAACAAAUCAACUCCACUGGAUUUCAAGAGAGCUAUUGACUCUUGGUUGAAUUACAUGCCUGCUGGUGAGGAAGCUAACUGGGUAAUAGAUAACCAUGACGUCAAUCGAGUCAAUACACGGAUUGGUAACGCACGUAAGGAUCAUUUCAUUAUGUUGGCUGCCGUACUUCCUGGUGUGGGCGUCAUGUACUACGGAAAUGAGAUUGGAAUGGAUGACACAUGGUUGACGUACAAUGAAACCGUGGAUCCUGUUGGCUGCAAUGCAGGCCCAGGUAAAUAUCAACUGACUUCGCGAGAUCCUGCCAGAACUCCAAUGCAGUGGGACAACUCUACUAGCGCGGGAUUCUCUACUAAUCCGAAAACGUGGCUGCGAGUUAAUCCUAAUUACAAGACCAUCAAUUUGGCGAGUGAACAAAAUGACUUUAGGUCCCACUUUUCGAUCUUCAUUAAGCUGAUGGCAAUGAAGAAAUCUGGGAGGUUGGUCAAUGCAACCACUGAGACAGUGGUCAUUGGGGAUAAUGUCCUAGGGGUUGUCAGGCGUCCAACGGAUUCUGCAAAGAGACUUUAUGCCCUGGUACAAAAUUUCGGAAGCAAACCAGUGACUUUGGAUGUUUCGGCCUGGAUGAACAUUCCGGAGAGGAUGAGGAUCCUUGUGACUAAUCGGGAUUGGAAGACUUUCUCUUGGAACGUAAUUGAUACAACGGCUUUGGCAAUGCCAGGGUAUGGAUCCAUUGUUCUGAUGCCGUUUUGAUUUAAACUCGUGAUUUUACAUAUGUUAUAGUUUAGCUACUUAUGUAUUUUGUAUUUAUGUUGAAGAAAUAAAAAAAAUUAUAAUAGCUUGAUAAUUUAUUUAAAAACUUUUGGAAUUUUGUAAUAAAUAAAAUAAUAUUUUUUUAAAUAGAAAAAUUUUGACAUAAAAAUAAUAAAUAUGUGAAGUUACAGAAAUAUAACAA